AUGUAUUCUUAUGUUCUAUUUAUGUUAACACGAACAGAACCUUCAUCAGUUUUGAUUAUCAAUGAAAUUUCCACAGAUAAUAUUGAUCAUCAAGCAACUGUAUUAAAUAAUAACAGUCAAAAACAAAUCGAACAUAUUCGUGGAAAUAAAAAUAAUAUUAUCAUAUCAAGUGUUAAAAUGAAAUUAAUUCGUGACCGACAACAUUCUGAUAGUUUGGUUCAUGAAGAACAUGUUUCACUAUCACUUCCUAUAACAUCAACACAAGUAUCAUCGAAAAUGGAGUCGAUGGAUGUCAAAACCGCAAAUCAACAUUCAAAAACAGAUGAACCUAUUCUAGAUACUAAACUGUUAUUAAAUCAUCCCUGUGUUUUGUAUGGGAAAGAAGAGAAACGUCUGGCUUGUGUUCCAUGUGGGCAUUUAGUAUCUUGUGUUAGUUGCUCCCAAAAAUUUCGUACAUGCCCUAAAUAUCAUAGGGAAAUCGAAGCAUUUGUACGAAUUUAUAUUUAA